GUGAGCAAAAUUAUUUCACAACAAUCGUGGAGUGGUUAACAUUAGGGAAUCAAUUUCUUUAGUUUUGUGCCGUUAAUAGCUUGAAAACAGCUCUAAAUCGUUGGAAAUAAUCACUAACUAAACAGUUUCCCCACUUGGCAGGUGUGCAAAAUGUUAAACUUGGCUUAAAAUCCAUUCUGGACGUGGAGUGUCCAACGAGGACUGUGUGCUUCUCGAGUGCUCGCUGUUGGCCAAGUCAUGGACAACGCAACCUCCUUCAGUCAUAACGCCGAAGGCGGUUACGGAAGCUCGGACAGAAAGGGCAGAUAUGAGUCAGGAGGUGGUGAUGGAGGAGGAGGAGGGAAUCGAGGUGUGAAACGAUAUCAGCAUUCGCGCACAAUCAAGAGGAAAGAUAACAGCCAGUACUCUGAUGUGUUGACCGUUGGCACCGGAGGUAGCGGAAUGAAUUCGCAAGAAUUGAGUAAGCAACUGCAAGCGAACCUACCCGAGGACAUGAGAAUCUCCAAAUUGGUGCGAAGGCUGUGCCAGGAGAAUGACACGAAGGCAUGCCUGGACCUAUGCGGGAAGUUGGCGGUCGUCGUGAUGGAACCGUGCAACAGUUCGUACAUUCGCAAAUCGUUUGACAUUCUGGCCGAUGGACUGAUGUCGUUUCUUGAGAAUGGACCCAAAGAUUGUCUCGAGGCCGUUGCGGAGAUCUUCGGUAUGAUUGGUUACGUGGCGCGGAACGAUUUCGGUUCGUACCGAGGUUGGAUCGUGAAGUAUUACAAGCAUUCAAAGAGACUCAAAGCUCCAAUGAUGAGAGCACUGAGAAAGACGAUCGUUCUGGACACGGGCGGAGACCUGAAGGAUUCGGUGGGUCGGCUGCUGUCGGAACUGCUCAAGGAUUAUUUGGAAGCUGCAGACACGGCAGAGAUCUUUAUGGCAGUGACGGAUGUUAUUAUUGAAGUGUGCCUUAGGUAUCCGAGCUAUUUCAAAUUUCACUUUACCGACAUUGUUGACAUCGUUGUCGGAUGGCAUCUCGAGACGGAUCAAACGGCGGAAGUCAAGAAGCACUGUUCAAAGGUGUUGCACUCGUUCAGAGAUUUUUGGAACGACGAUCUGGAGUUUUCGCUGAACCUGCUAACUCAGUUCGUUGAGGACAUGGGAAUCUGUGGUGAGGAUUUGGAAGGUGUCGACCCUGGCAAUGGUGCUCAAUGCACCGCUUCGGCCAUUUCGUUUAGUUCCCUGCUGGAUGCGUUCAACACGGUGAUCAAGUGUCUGUUUGUAUCGCCGGAAGAUGUAGUCCAGUCAGUUGGCAAAGAGAUAGUCGACAGCAGUUUCCAGCUGAUUGUAAAGGUCAGCACGAUAAUCACAAGAAAUUAUUGUUUGGAAGAGGUGUUGCUUCCUAUUAAUGAGUGCUUGAUCAUUCUGCUCAUGCUGGAACCAUGUGCCAUCGCUGUCGAACAUGCCAGCAUCCUCGCCAUCAUUCGGGCGGAAGUUUCAAUCGUUGACCAGCUGAACCAAAAUCAGAUAGCCAGUUUGCUGCUGCUGUUGUUCAGAUAUGUUGAAUGCAAUUCAAGCAGUUUGUCGUCCGAAUUUUUGCACCUCGUUUGGGAUUCCAAAUCGUGCUUCAUGAACCUCCGUUACCAUCAUUCCCAACAAGUGCAGGAAGGUCUCCUGAAGCUUUACCACCGAAUUUUGUCCAUCAAAAACGUCAACACGCUGCAAGAAGCGUACAAAUUUAUCCUGGAUGAUUUGAGCAAGGCAAUGAAGCAACUGGAACGUACCGAAUCAACGACGACGGCUAUCCGGAACCAGGCACAAUUCACCAUCAAUUUCAACCUGCUGUCGCUGUCUACGCUGGCCAUGGCCAACAAUUCGAUUCUGGUGAUGUGGUCGCUGCAGCCAAGCAUUCUUGUCGUUCUGCUGGAAAAUCUACGCUUACUGGACUUGGAGUUUUGGUCAGAUUUUCAGGAGGUGCACCGUGCGAUCCUAAACAUUGCCUACCAGCACAGCAUCCAAAACAGCAACUUCAUAUCAUCUAGCGUUCUGUUGCGAUCGCAAAGCUUUGUCGUGAACUCGUUCAAUCGCAUGUCGUUGGAAACGACGCCAGCAGCGUCGACAAGUCCGACGUCGGAGCACUUCCGGCUAGUCAUUGAGUUUCUGGAGAAGAUUCUUCCGGCCAACGUUCCAGUCAAGCAUCUGGAGCUGCUGCUGGAUUGGUGCUAUGCCGUCAUCGGCCAAGCAUCGCAAUAUUUUGACGUGCUCAAGGACAUUCCCAGCUUCAACGCCAUUCUGUGCGGCAUCUGCGACAUUAGCAUGCGAACAAACGAGCAGCUGACGCUGAAAUGUGCCGACUGUUUAGAUCUGGUCAGCUCGUACAAGGCGCUGCAGUCCAACGUGUACCAGGCCAUUGCCGAGGUUUGUUGUGUUCACAUGUGCUCCACCAGCAAGCAGAUUCGGGACCGGUUUUCGUUUACUCUCGGCAAAAUUCCGUUGCGCUUUUCGCUCAACCAGGUCAGCGUGUUUACGGGAAAUAACAAACAGCGUAGUCAGCAUAUUUAUGAACUGCAAAACUGGUAUGUUAGCACGGAGGGAACCGGUGACAUUCGAUCCCAGUAUUUCCGUGGGAUGAUCGAAAAGAUAGGAUUCAAGCGGGACGCUGUCAACAUCGAUGAGUUCCUGCGGGAGGUUUUCACCAAAUCGUGGUGUGCCAGCAAGAGUAAGAACCUGCAGUAUGGUGGAAUGGCUCUGCGGGAUUUGAGGUGCUUGAUUCCGUGGUCCCAGUGGGAGGCCGCACACUUUUGCGUCAACAACAAACUGCGCACGCCGAUCGGAAAGCCCCAGGAAACGUUCCUCAAGAUUGAAUCUAUCAUCAAGGAGGAUGCUCGAGUGCUGGCGCUUAAGGAACGAUCUACGGUGAGGGACCUGAGUGCGUCGAUGGCAAAUCAACGCCACGCCCGUAUUUUGCUGGGUUUUCUGGAAGCGCUGGAAAAGUCAAUUUACAACGCCUCAGAGGGUAGUGCCUUCGCGCUGCCCAAUCCGGAAAAGCCCGUCAGGACGUUUUUCCGGGUGAAUUCGCCAACCUGCGCCGAGUGGUUCAACCGGAUUCGAACGGCCGUUGAUUUAGUUGCUCUGCACUGCAUGGAACCGGAAAUGGUAAUUCGUUACUCUGAAGCCGUACUGAAGGAGCUGGUGGCGGUCAACAAGGUGCACGAUCUCAUCUUUGAGCACACGCUCAUGUCCCUCGUGUGGGCUUUGCUACGCAGCUGGGAAAGUGACGCACUGUUUGGCGUUUACGUUUGGGCGAAAAAGAUCACGGGGAAAAAGUACGCGUGGAUCAAAAUGUCCGCGGAAGAAGCGGCCGGACAUAGAGAAACUGCGACCGAAGGGUUUCAGGCGAUUUUGGCCGAUCCGGAAGCGGCUAGCUUGGACAGACACAUUCGUGACUUUAUCGUGGACCAAAUUACGCUAUCGAUGAUUUUCACCGAGCAUUUGUCCGAGUUGUACGAUUUUCUUGUGGCCGAAGAGAACAGCGGCAUUCAGAGGGCAACCAUUCCGUUGUUUGAUUUCACGUCCAAACAGAUCGCCAGUUGGAUUUAUUACAAAAAGACCAAGGAUAAAAACGCCGUUAACAUGGCCGACUGGGAGCAAGCCGACAUGCGGACCGACAUUUCCAACAAUUUUUCAUGCCACAAAAUCCUCGGAUCGAUCGAAAACAGUCUGGCCUGUACCGUUAUGGAAAAAUACGCUGGCGACCGCGAGCGCACGUUGAACGUGUGCAACGAAGUCAUCCACAGUGCCCUGCAGGAAUGUCUUCUGACCAAAUCAAAAGAGUACCUGUUCCAGCUUACCGUCAGCAAUCAUUUCGCGCACAUCGCCUCGAUCAAGGACCAUACUCCGGACGAUCUCAAGUCGUUCCGGGUGGAGAAGCGGUUUGGCUCAAUUACGAUGAUGCGCGUUUUGGCGUGGUCUGAAUUCUUCGACGACGAUCAUUCUUGCGAGGAGUUCAACAUGGACAUGCGGCUGGAUUUGGUUUCGGUGGCGCGCAAAGAGAACAACUAUCAACUGUGCCAGCGGGAACUGGAGAUCUUCUACAAGAAUUCGAAUCUAGCUCGCGGACUCAAUCUGGAGGGACAACUGACCACCGCGUUGGCGCAGAAUCGUCUGAUGAAUUCGAACCUUUCGUACACCUUUUGGGACGAGAGUGUCUCGCGGGCGGUGUACGAACAAUGCAAGUGGCUCUACUGCCAACCAAACAAGAAACAAGAAGCGAUACAAUUUGCGUCUGUCGCGGCCGUCAAAAUUGACGAACGUCUUUCGAUUGACGGCCUGAACGAUUUGGCUGUGCUGAGAGAUCGUGAGGCGCGCUUCCUCCUAACUAUCGCAGACUGGGUUCAAAAUGAAGACGCAAAGAUAUUGGAUGCCGUCGCAAAUUCACCGUUGAUGCUGCUGGUUGGUGCCCUUCCGGAGGUUAAACCGGCUCCGGAUUCUCGGAUGGUUUCAAUCUUCUCGCAGAUGGACAUUGUCGUCGGAAAGCUGCUGCAGGCCAGUGUCCAGCGAUGUCCAGAGUUGGCCAAGGCGUGGUGCCAGCUCGGAUCUUGGUGCUACCGUUGGGGAAAGAAAAUGGUCGAAUUCAAUACCGAAGGCAACACGGUUCACAAAAUCAAUCUGGAAGAGAUAAGGAAAAUCUUACCGGGUACCUCCGCGGAGGAUCUGCAGAAAAUUGCCGUCAUUCUCAACCAGCACGAGGUCAUCUCGGAAGAGGAAGAAAUCGGCUUGAACGAAACCAGCUCUACGGAUCUGGUGGAAUCGUUGCAAGCUACCGUUCCCGAGCUGUGCCACUGUCCACCAGAAAAGCUCCAGUCCAUCGUCGAAAUCUGGCGGCAAACUCACCGAACCGUUUACGGCUACUACGAAGCGGCCGCAGAAGCCUACUUCCGGUUCCUUCAGCUAUCCUCUUCGCUAGAGAUGGAAAGUGAAAAUGGCAACUCUUCAACCGUGACCGCCACUCUGCGGUUGCUGCGAUUGAUCGUCAAACAUGCGCUCGGAUUGAAGGAAGUUUUAGAGGAAGGUCUGGCGACCACGCCUACUAAUCCUUGGCGAGUGAUCACGCCGCAGCUGUUUUCGCGCCUAAAUCACCACGAGCCGUACGUCAGAAAGCGCGUGUCCGAACUGCUCUGUCGCGUGGCUAAAGACGCCCCACACCUGAUCAUAUUCCCUACCGUGGUAGGAGGAUCGGUUCAGGAGAAAAAGAUGGACAUCGGAGAUAUCUCGCUGCAAGAGAUCGACAGCCAGCCCAUGGCCAGUGGCAACGACAGUUCUGGAUUGGCCUUCUGCUUUAACGCUUUGCUGGACACUCUGUCCAGGGACGCCCCGGAAACGGUGAAGCAGGUGCAAGUGUUGGUUCACGAGCUCCGUAGAAUUUCUUUACUCUGGGACGAACUGUGGGUAAUUUCUCUACAGCAAAUUUACUCCGAAUACACCAAGCGGUUCGCAAGCUUUGAAAACGAGCUGCAAAAGGUCAUGGAAAGUGGCCAGAUCGAGCAAAAGCGAAAUCUCUUUGUUGAAAAGCAUAAACUACUUUUGCGACCGUUGGUGUUUGUGCUGGAACAGCUGCACGACAUGACAUCGAGACCGUCGGAAACGAUGCACGAAAAACACUUCCAAGAUCGGUUCCAAAAAUACAUAACAGCGAUGAUCGAAAAGUUCAAGGAACCGCUAGACUUUAAGAAACCCACCGAAGGGUGGGCCCGCUUCAAGGUACUUUUUGGCCAGAUGCAGCAACGCAGCCAGCGCAGAAUCGCGGUUUCGCUGCGACUCUCUGACAUUAGCCCCGUGCUAACAAAGCUGUCAAACACUGCAAUUUCGAUGCCCGGAAUCGACAGCUCGCGCAAGCAGCAAAUCUUCAUCCGUGCCGUGGACAACCUUGUGCAGAUACUACCAACAAAAACCAAACCAAAAAAGCUCAUGUUUUACGGCAGCAACGGACGACGGUACAGCUAUCUGUUCAAAGGACUCGAAGAUCUUCACCUGGACGAACGGAUCAUGCAGUUCUUGUCCAUUGCUAACCUGAUGAUGACCAAGUCGAUCGAUUGCAACGGCAAUGUCACGUACUACCGGGCCGAACACUACUCGGUCAUCCCGCUGGGGCCUCGAUCCGGUCUCAUUAACUGGGUGGACAAUACGGUGCCCAUAUUUUCGCUGUACAAAAAGUGGCAACAGCGCGAGGCGCAACAGAAAAAGGACAAACCAGGCACGAUCAGUCGACCAUCGGAGCUGUACUACCAAAAAUUAACCCCGCUCCUCCAGAAGCACGGCCUCAAAACCAGCGACAACCGCAAGGACUGGCCAGUGCAAGCCCUCAAGCAGGUUCUGACGGAGCUGCAGGCGGAAACACCCCGCGACCUCCUUGCGAAGGAACUCUGGUGUCAUAGUACGACGGCCGCGGCCUGGCGCCAGGUCGUACGCAACUACUCACUCUCGGUGGCGGUGAUGAGCGUAAUCGGAUACAUCAUUGGUCUGGGCGAUCGACAUCUGGACAAUGUGCUGGUUAAGCUCGCGAGUGGAGAGAUUGUGCACAUUGACUAUAACGUGUGCUUUGAGAAGGGGAAAACGUUGCGCGUGCCGGAGAAGGUCCCGUUCCGGAUGACGCCGAAUCUGGAGGAGGCGCUCGGGAUAACGGGAAUCGAGGGAACAUUCCGGCUAGCGUGCGAACACGUACUGAAAUCGCUGAAAAAGGGUCGCGAGACGCUGCUCACGCUGCUGGAGGCGUUUGUGUACGACCCCCUGGUGGAUUGGGCCGUCAGUGAGGACGGUGCUGGUGGGGGUGCCGCGGGAUUCGCCGUAUCUACGUACGGGAACAGGGAAGGCUUUCAUAGCGAACUGCGGCAGGCCAAGAAGCAGCUGGAACGGGAAGUUAACCGGGACACCUUGGCGAUACGAUUUUCGGAGAUUCGGGGCGAGUGGAAUCGAAACCGGGACGAUGUCUACCAGGACUUGCUUAUGAUGCAGGCAUUUUUGAGGGAGUUGCAGCUGAGUCGGAGGGAGUUGAUAGAGGCGGAGAAGCAACGGGAUUCGUUGUCGCGGCAGAUUCAGUUGAUUCGGGAAGCGGAAUCGCUAGACUCGGCCAUUGGAAGCCAUUCGUUGAACACGCUAUCGCAAAGGUAUGGCGUCUACAGGAAGAUUGUCGAGGAUCAUGAAGCGAUUCGAAGGAUCUUUAUGUGCAAAGCUACGGAGUUGGAGAAAAAGAUUGAGGAUUAUGGCGGGUUCCAGAGAGAUGUGGACAACUGCAAACUGCAGGAAUAUGUGGACGCCAUUGGGAGCAAUACGGACGAAUGCGCCAGUUCGGAGUUCGAUCAAGUGGAAGAGUUUAUGGACAGCUCAAAUUUGCGCGACACAUUUGUGAUGACGAACGGUUUCCGGCAUGACUUGAACGAGUAUCUGUUCCAGGCUAUGUUGAUGGUGAAACACGUGCUUGAAACGCUGCUGCAGUACGGAUCAAUUGCGAAAUAUUACCCGAGCGAUUAUGUUCAGAGCCAUCCAGACUUCAAGUACGUCACCUGGUGUCGGAAGAUGGUUGAGGAAAAUUCGCCCCAGUCGUGCCAGGAGGUCAAUCGCAACUACCAGCAGCACAUGCAGCGGAAUGAACAGCACACUUCUAGCCAGCAGAUCGUGUCGUUCUCCUACCAACUAUCGACGAUCAUAUCCGAGGGAACGUUCCGCUUAUCGGAUGCGAUGAACUGCCGCGCUCAAGAACUGAACGAAAGUACGGUUUCGAUCGAUCAACUGUACGAAAAUGCCUUAUCAACGAUCAACGCAACGGUUUACGGUAACCCGAACGGUCGACAGGUUUUGGCUUGCGGCCUGAAGCAUUGCAUGGACCUGAGCCAAAAUUAUCUCCUGAUGGAGCAAACGGCGUCGACUGCCGGUGAUUCGCUGAUCGACCUACAACUCAACAACAACUGGUUCCUGUCGGAGUUUUACAUGUGUUCGGCCCAGUUGAACACCCUGUUCCAGGUCCUGUUCGAGAAAGACUCCGCCAUGCCAUCAUCCUCGGCUCGGGACUGCUUCUCCGUCGGUCUGAGCGGACUGUCGGCGUGCGUUGCUAUCUACGAACAGCUGCACGAAAUGAACGAGUGCGUCACCCGAGACUUCCUAACGGACACACUGCGGGGAAUAAUUUCGGAGAAUCAAAGCGUGAUUGAAAUGAUUUCCGCCGUGUCCAACCUGCAAGCGGACAUUAUUCCGUUGGCAGAUUUGCUGAACGAGCUAAACAUGCACCUGCAGUGCGUAGUCAUGAACAUUCCGUCGGGACACGUGAACGCCUUGGCCGUGGUUGAUGGGUUGAGACGGAACAUGUCGGCUUUGGGCGAUCGAUACCAGCUGCAAACGGUGCCAUCGGAAGGUGGUCGCUUGUAUUUGAAGCUGUACUCGCUGUUCAACGAGCUGCUCGGCAAGCAGAACGAGCUGAUGCAUAUCGUGUACGAUGGGAUAUUGACGCUGGGCGAGGUUGACCUGGUAGAACAAGUCAAGGAAUCGAAGGAUUUGGCGGUGCUCAUCUUCAACAAAUCUACCAACAACGUGCUGGAGGCCAUUUUUACUGUGAAGCGUAUUCAGGCUAUUAUCGAGUUUUUCACGUCCUGUCUGCAGAUGGCGUGCGCUUUCAAGGGAACGGGUUUAACGCCGGUAGCGACGGCCUUCAAUGACGAUACGCUAGUGCGGCCGAUCCGUAAGUUUAUAUCGGACUUUGUGUACCACUCGAUGCUCGGCAUUGGUUCGACGGUUACCGGGAUGGUCAUUUACGGUGCCCUACAGCGACUCACUCCGACUCAACGGCUGGAGCAGGAAGUGUCGAUGUUGCUACAGAUGACCGGCAAAGAGAGGGUCAGCAUGGGCAUGCUGUGCGAGUACACGUUCAACUCGAUCGCAUUCAACGGGUUGGAGUACAAUCAGGCGAACAACGCGUGUCUGAAUUUGAGCUUCGCUUGGCAGAAAAUGAUGCGCGUAAAGUUGUUGUCGGAGCGCAUUAUGACGGAACAGGUUUCGCUCAAUCGACUCCAGACGUUGAUGGUAGCGCACAGCUGGUUGCACGACGUUCCCGCUGCGAACGGAUCCCCGGCUGGUGGUUCUCACGGAGAUCUGACAAUGUACAUGAAUCGCUCUUCAAUACUGAUCCAGUUGAAGAGUUUUGUUGAGACGCUGACGACGUCCAAAAUGACCAUACAAAAGCUACGCGAAGAAAUCCUGAACAACACCAACACCAUAACGCAUCGUCUCAAGUGGGCAUCCGGAGCAAAUCCUGAUUUAGUUCCACUACUCAAAUCUUUCGAACGGAGCUCUAUACAGAAGCGAGACUUUUUGAACGAACAGUUGUUGUACCUGGAUAUUGCGUUGAAGCACUGCUCCUCGGUGUUGAACCAUGACGUUGCUCGGCUACAGAUGUACCGCGAGCAGGAGCAAGACAAGGAGUUCCUGGGCCUAGUCGAACGCUUUAGGAAAGCUUGCGUCAAGCUGCAAUCCUGUACGACGAUGGUGAACCAGACGGAAAUUGCGCUAGUCGAACUACUUGACCCCGAGGGACAAAUCGACCACAUCUGGUUGAACAACGUUAAAGUGUUGAUCGAGGAUAUGACCGAUCAGGUGCAAAGCAAAAUCGCUGCUCUGGAGAAGGAGGUUAGAGGGGCUCAGGACAAUCUACACAUGAGCGCUCACAAGUUGAGGACGUUGGUCAGUUCCCAUCACGUUCUUGCAUCCGACAUCAGGAAUCUGCUCAAGAUGAAGCUUAAAAUGGAAUCGAUUCCCGCCCUGCGUGAGUAUCUGCUUCGGUACAAAGCAUUCCUUGAAACCAUCUCGGAACUGCACUCGAACGUGCUGAGUAAAGACUUCACCGACAAUCUGGUGCGGCACGUGGUGGAACAGGUCCAGGAGGCGUUACCGAACGUACACCGCAUCUUCGACCAGCUGUUUGCUUUCGAGCACUGUGAUGAAGUGGACGAGCAGUCGGCUGACGGAGGUAGCGAAUCUGCCGAUAGGCUGAGUGCAGAAUUAGGCGAUUCUCCACUGAAGAGACUAUCUUCCGUUGAUGAAAGAUCCAGUAAAGCGCAACAAACCCAGCGGGAGCAAAAACGCAACGCUUACGCCGUCUCUGUCUGGCGCCGCAUCCGGAUGAAGCUCGAAGGCCGCGAUCCGGACCCCAACCGUCGCUGCACCGCUCAGGAGCAGGUCGACUGGAUGAUACGCGAAGCGAUGGACCCGGACAAUCUAGCGGUGCUGUACGAAGGAUGGACGCCCUGGGUGUGAACGGAUAUUGGUAAACAAGAAGAAGGUAAAUCAGCAGAGCAAAUCCAAACAUCUCAACCGUGAAGAACGAGGCUGCCAACGUUUGUCCGAGGACAUCUUCGCGCAGCCGACUAGUAACGGACUGAGACAAAUUCAAGCAGCUCAGCGCAGUGCAGUAGCAAAUCAAAAGGACUGCUUAGCCCUUAUCAUCAGCGCGGGAGUCAUUUUCGGCAUCAACGUGGUGAAGACGCGGGCACUGAAAGCCGCGUCGCAAUCUUGCCCAAAUGGCUCCCAGCUCGUGUCAGUCAGUCAGUCUGAAGCUCCUUCCCAUUUCCUCUCCCAAGCUGUUUUUCAGUCGCAGUUCCAACUGUUUGAAAAACAGCGCAAAAGACCUUAGGCUCCCCCGUCAUCAUCGAACCAACCAUCCUAAAUCCCAGUAAAAUACAAUAUGCAUUAGCUUUUAACAAAAUUUACAUCCGAUCGUACAAGCAAGCGUAACAACAUCCUAAGAAGGAACUCGCAAGUCACAAACGUCCUUUUCACCAGCUCUCUUAUAACAUCAUAGAAGAAUUGAAUUAAAGUUGGUUGGAAAGGGUUUGAGACUCAAUCGAUGCUCGAUGCAGCGAAAUACGAUUGCUCGGUGAAAUUAUGCGUUCCAAGAAGGGAUCGCAAAAUAACGUACUGUACGCAGCUUUGUAAAACUUGAUGGAAAUUCUACAAUAAAUCCAAGUCACGGUGGAAA